AUGGGGCUGGGCUCGUGGCUGAGGCGGAGGGGCCGGAGCCCAGCACCACGGUCCCAGCAGGCACACCAGCUGCAGGAGCAGAGCAGGGUGCGGGAAGUGGCCCGCAGUGCUUGUGCCUUUGUGCUGGGCAUAGCCCUGGCCAGCCUCUAUGGGGCUCUGGUGCUGCUGGCACAGGGCCACAACGUCUGGUACUGCCUGAUCACCACCAUCGGCCUGGCUGCCCUGCUGGCUCUGGGCAUGGCCUUCUCUGCCAAGGCGCGGGUCACGGUGCUGCUGUCACUGCCCCAGAUCUUCACCCGGGAGGGGAAGAUGCUGAUGCUGCUCCUGGCCAUGAGCAUGGCUGUGCAGGGUCCUUGUGCCAACAUCCUCAACAACUUCUCCCGUGCUGCUGAGUCGCUGUCGUGUGGGGCUGAGCUCGCCCUCAACCAGACGGCCGAGAGGCUGCAGCGCGCCCAGGAGCCCCUGAUCAACUUUCUGUCCAAGAUCAAGGAGAUCGCUCAGGAUGCCAAGGCUGUGGGUGACCGUGUCCGCAGGUUCUUUCGCUCCAUCAUGGAUGCCGUCAGCCACGUCGCUCGAGCCCUGCGCAAUGUGUGGCUGUGGCUGGCGAGCAUCGGCCGGGUGUGCAACGAGGAGCUGGGCUCCCCCUUCUACCGCUGCCUGAGGCUCUUCGAGGAGGCCAAGGACAACUGCGAGCGCGCCAUCCCCUUCCUCUUCUUCCUCUGCUACAUCGUCACCCUCUUCAAGCCCCUCUGCGGGCUGGCCAACAUUGCCCUUGUCUUCUGCAUCAUCCCGCGGUACAUCCAGAACUUCAUCCAGACCAACGUUGCUGCCCCCCUCAAUGAUGCUCUGGACCGCAUCCGCCGGGAGUUUGAGUUCAACAUCUCGGCCAUGCACGAGUUUGACAUCAGCUUCAACGCCAGCAAGAGCCUGGGUGAGGUGGCCUUGGACAUCAUGGAGGGAGUGAGCCAGAGCCUGGAGCCCACCCGCCGGGUCCUGGGGCUCUUCCUGAACGUCUCCUUCCUUGCCAUCCUCUACAUGUACUUCAAGGCGCUCCGGUACCGGCACCGGUACCUGCAGGACGAGACCUUUGACAACAUCUACAUCACGCGGCGCUUCAGGGAGCUGGACCAGCUGCGGGCAGAGCAGGGCAAACCCACGGUGCUGCCGCUGACAGCGCGGGAGUGUGGCAUCUACAUCUCCCCAGCUGGGCUGUGGCUGUCGCGGAAGGAGCUUCGCCGGUAUGGGCUGCAGCUGGUGGGGUUCCUGCGCCACAUGCUGCUGGGCUUCUGCAUCAUCCUGGCUGACUACAGCCUCUUCUGGCUGCUGGACCUCAUCCGGCACCAGCUGCGGGGGGAGAUCAUUGCCAGGGCGCCGGUGGUUGUGGGUGUCAGCGUCAACGGGUCAGGCUACACCAGUGAGAUCUACCGGGAUUUGGUGUCUGCCUUCGGUGUGCUGCAGCAGGGCAACGUCUCAGUGGUGUCCCAGCGCUGCCUCAUCCAGCCUGUGGAACCCGACUACAACACCUACAUCUUCAUGGGAAUCCUGUAUGGCAUCUGCCUCUUCAUCUCCAUCUUCGGCAGCUACGUGGCACGGCUGCGCCGGCUGGUGUGUGCCAUCUCUUACCCGAGCCGGGAGCAGGAGCGCACGGUGUUCCUGCACAGCACCAUCCUGGCACGGCGGGCAGGGCUGGCACGAGCCCUGUUCCGAGCCGCCACGCUGAGCACGGCUGACUCCAGGAAAGGGAACCUGUUCCUCGUCCUCACUGCCAAGGUGCCCUGCUUUGCCCGCCUGGCUCGGCUCCUUGGCAUCCAGCAGAAGCGCUGCCUGGCCUGCGGGGUGACAAAGCAGCCGGACUUCAUCAGCUGCAUCACAAACGGAUGCAAAGGGCUGUACUGCAGGGACUGCCACCAAACCCUGAACAACAUCUGCACCAUCUGCAUGGGCCCCCUGACCUACCCGGACACUGGGGACAAGGAGAUAGACUCCAGCGAUGAGGAGACGCUGGGGCUGUGGCUGGGCGCUGUGCGGGCACGUCGGGGCCAGGAGCAGGGCAGAGAGCUGCGGCAGCGCCUCAGGGAGCUGGGCAGGGGCUUGGGGGGCUGCCGCCGGCUGCCCCCCCCCCUGGCAGCGCGGCUGCGAGCACAGCUGAAGGAGGAGGCGAGCGGGGAGAGCGACGGGGACAGCAGCGGGGUGGGAAGCGAAGGCAGCUCCGUCUCCAGCCUGGACUUCGGCUACCAGGAGCGGUGUGAGAGCAGCGGCAGCGAACUGGAGGAGGUGGUGGCUCGGUGA